UUCUUAUUAAUAUUAACAUUUCAUUGUUUAACAUUUAACACUUAUGAAGCUUUCCCGUUUGAAAAAAAAAUUAGUUUGUAUUGCCACUAAAGACUGAACACUACUCCAUACAUGGCAUAAAAAAUCUGAGGAUUUGGAAAUAAUAGUAGGUAUAUAUAAAGUGUAGUGUACUUAAGUAUUCGAAAAAUCAGUACCUACUUGAAUAAAUACACUAUUAAAGGAAAACAAUGAUGGGCGAGGGUGCAUGCUAAAUCACCCUGUAUAUACUGUCGACCGACUUAUACCGCAUUUGAUGUGAAACGUUUUUGCCGGUGACCGAAAUAUUGGUACCUUUAUACCUAUGAUCUCGCUCUAUACAGCAUCUAUGUCGCCUAGUGCGAGUAAAAAUAGCAACCACUAUCCUAAAAGAACCGUUUAUUUUUUGUUUUUUGGCAGUUCAACCGACAAAGCCGAUAAGAGCGGUUGUUCUACGGGAUGCGUGUAAUAUUAUAUUGUAAUAACAACAAAGUACAUUAUAAUAAUAUAUUACGUUGUGAAGCUGAUAAUAUUAUCGGCAACGGCCGUAGUCGCCUACCUCUGAUAUAAUAUUAUGAUGGAACAUUUUUUUUUCUCAAUGGUUAAUGUAUAUAGAUAAUCCUGUUCUUUCGAUAUAAUAUAAUAUAGAAAACAAAACCGUUUGAAGGAAACACGUGCAGGACUUUAUAACUGCCGCCUGUCGUCAUAAUGUCUACAAGUCAAAGUGGUUCUGAAUUUCCAACUGGCAUAGAUCAACAAAACAAAAAGUUUACCACUAUAAUUAUUUAUCCAACGGUGACUCCAGAGAAAAUAAUCAUACCAAUGGUAUCCUGUAUUUUGGGUUUUCCGUUGUUGGCGCUAAUGGUGAUAUGCUGUUUAAGACGUAGAGCCAAAUUGGCGAGGGACCGAGAUCGCCGAAGAAAUUUAGGAUUUGCUCGGGCGUGCACAAGUGACCAAGGAGUGAUAUCUCUAGCAAGGUUUAGUCCAAUGCAUAAAAUCGGCGUAUACUUGGCUGCGGGGGCGAACGCCAGUGGCGGCGCGAUGCCGUCGCCACUGUCUUCCGGCGGUCGGAACCACCCGCUGCGCAGCGAAAGUCGGUCGUACGCGUCCUGCGACCUCGACCCCGUCAUGGAGGAGCGGAGCGAGAUGGACAGCAGCUGUGGCGGCGUGGCCAGCGGCGGACCGGUGGCCGGUAUAGGGGCGGUGGCCGACGAUGGCGGGGUCGUUGGCGGCGGAGCGGUGGAGGCUCUCGUGUGUCCGGACAGCUAGCAACACGUGCUGGCCAUCGCCAGGAUAUCGGUGGCCGUGCAGACGGAUAAACCGCCACCCAGACCGGUCAGGUCACCGCUGUGGAACACGCUCACCAACAACCCGCCGGACGAGAUGAUCAGCUGACAUCCGGCCCGGCCCGAACAGCUCAAGGCCAUAGCGAUCAUAGAACCUUGACGGGCCCGAAUCACACCCACCCCAUCUCACCCAUGGUCCAUCCACCCAUCGGCAUGGACGAGAAUUUCCGCGGCUUUACAGACUUUAUUUUUAUCGUCUUGUCAUCGUGAUAAUAAUAUUAUGUUAUUGUAAAACACGGUAAAGAUAACUUCAGAAGAAAAUGCCAAAUAUGUACAUAUUAUAAUAUGUGACAUAGUCUG